AUAUCGGAGGUAGUUCCGAUAUUCUGUGUCCAUAUUAUGACGUCAGUGGCACCAACAAAUAAAAAAACUGCAUUUUGCAGUUGCAUGAAUGAAAUAUAAGAAUAGUUGUUUGUACCUAUUUUAAAUUCCGUAAAUAUUAAAACGAAUAAAAUUAUUGAUGAAGAAUGAAUACACACAAAACUAGGCAUAGGAUGCAUUAUGCACAUCAUUUCAGCUAAUUCCUCAUAAUUACAAGGCACAUGCUCUCAAGAAAUUUUACUUAUAACCUUCAAUAUUGCAAUACAUUCAAUAGGUUAUUCACUACUAACAUGUCGGGCAAUAAACCUCUUGUUUUCAAUAUUUUAUCAGAAUGUAAAACAUCCAAAGCUCGAGUAGGGAAAAUGACUUUACCACAUGGUGUCGUUGACACUCCAGUAUUCAUGCCUGUAGGAACACAGGGAACUCUCAAAGGAAUGUUACCAGAACAAUUGGAAAAAAUGGGGUUACAAAUAAUGUUGGCCAAUACCUAUCAUUUGGGAACCAAGCCAGGUGCAGAAGUUCUGAAAAAAGCAGGAGGACUCCACAAAUUCAUGAACUGGGAUAGACCCCUUUUGACAGAUUCCGGAGGGUUUCAAAUGGUUUCCCUCCUGAAAUUAGCAGAAAUAACUGAAGAAGGUGUCAAGUUUCAGUCAUUGAAUCAACAAAAAGCUGAAGUCAUGCUAACUCCUGAGCAUUCCAUUGAAAUUCAGAAUGCAAUUGGAGCAGAUAUCAUCAUGCAACUGGAUGAUGUAAUAAAAACAACCUCUCCAGAUGAAAACCGAGUAAAAGAAUCUGUUCUUAGGACUACCAGGUGGUUGGAUAGAUGCAUAAAAGCUCAUCAAAAUCCAGACACACAAAAUAUAUUUCCUAUUGUCCAAGGGACUCUCUAUAAAGAUCUAAGAAUAAUAAGUGCAAAUGAAUUAAUUAAACGAAGUGUCAAUGGCUUUGCAAUUGGAGGUUUGAGUGGUGGAGAAAGCAAAGAUGACUUCUGGAAAGUUGUACAUUUGUGUACAGAUUUGCUACCUAAAGAGAAACCACGGUAUCUUAUGGGCGUUGGAUUUGCAGUUGAUUUAGUUGUAUGUUCUGCUUUGGGCGUGGAUAUGUUUGACUGUGUUUUCCCUACAAGAACUGCAAGAUUUGGUUGUGCCUUGUUAUCGAUUGGACAGUUAAACCUGAGGAAAGCAAAAUACGCCAAAGACUUUGGGCCCAUAGAUCCAGAGUGUUGGUGCAACACCUGCAAAAACUACACCAGGGCCUACUUGCAUGGAGUAGUGACACAACUACCAGUAGCCUGUCAUUUGUUGUCAGAACAUAACGUAGCUUUCCAAAUGAGGCUCAUGCAGGAAAUACGGGACAGUGUCAGUGAAAACCGGUUUCCGGACUUUGUGCAAAACUUCAUGUUGAAACUGUAUCCUGACAAGAACUAUCCGAGCUGGAUAAAAGAUUCUUUGAGUGCGGUGAAUAUGGAAUUGCUGUGAUUUGAAUUCAAAAUGUUUUCUACGUCAAAGUUUCCAUUAUUUUAUUUUUGAACAGUGUAGCAAGUUAGUCUUUAUUUAUUUGAAGGUACAUGUACCUUUCGUUACCAAUUUUCACUGUUUACCUUAUUUAUUUUCACAAACAUUCCUUUACAAAAUCAGUCAUUAGAAUAAUAUCAUGUGACCAAAGAUACCAUCCUAAUUUAUUUUACCAUUAAAUUUUUUCAUAAAAA